UGACGAUGUGAGCUGGAACAGCAUCGCCGCCGCCCCGGAGAAGGAGGAGGAGGAGGACGAGGGGGACAUGCCUGUGGUGAGCGGGGAGUCUGAUCAGACGCGGUCUCGCACCCUCAGUUUGUUCUCACCGUCACCUCGUGUUUCCCUUUGGGAAGAACUUGCUAAAGCGCCUCUCCCUGCCCUGCGUUUUGGUGCGUUCUGCCUCAGGGAUGGAUGGGAUUCCUGCUCGGAGCUCUGCAAGGACGAGUGAGCUCCCCGUGGAUCAAAGCAGCCCAUUCUUUAUGUACCCGUGUGUCCCAAGGACCAGCACGGUGGUUCUGUGCUCCAGAAAAGCUGCUGGAACGAGUCAGAGGGCCUGGGGUUGCUGGGUUUGAGUGGUUGUGUCAGGAGUGGGAAUUCUGCCUGUUGGUGAGCUCCCAGUGUUUGCUGUGGUGUGUGCAGGUGGCAGAGUUCAUUGAUGAGCGCCCCGAGGAGGUGAAACUCAUGGAGGAAUUCCGAACAAACUCCAAGUGGAAGCUUCUAGGAGAUGAGGACUCUCAGAGUUCGGAUAUUUCGGUACCUGCCAAGUCUGCCGUGAGGCGGCGCCACGACUCCCCAGAGCCCUCACCCCCAGCCAGGAAACACAACAGCUCCUCGGACCUCUCUCCUCCAAGGCGGCAGCGUCAUGACACCCCUGACCCAUCCCCUCCCAGGAGACAACGUCACAGCACGUCAGACUUGUCACCUCCGAAAAGGCAGCGUUGUGAUACCCCAGAUCUUUCAGCUCCCCGGCGUCGACAACGUCAUGACACCCCUGACCCAUCACCUCCCAGGAGGCAGCGUCAUGACACCCCGGAUCUGUCACCUCCCAGGAGACAGCGUCACGACACCCCGGAUCUGUCACCUCCCAGGAGACAGCGUCACGACACCCCGGAUCUGUCACCUCCCAGGAGACAGCGUCACGACACCCCGGAUCUGUCACCUCCCAGGAGACAGCGUCACGACACCCCGGAUCUGUCACCUCCCAGGAGACAGCGUCACGACACCCCGGAUCUGUCACCUCCCAGGAGACAGCGUCACGACACCCCGGAUCUGUCACCUCCCAGGAGACAGCGUCACGACACACCAGAUCUGUCACCUCCCAGGAGACAGCGUCACGACACCCCGGAUCUGUCACCUCCCAGGAGACAGCGUCACGACACACCGGAUCUGUCACCUCCUAGGAGACAGCGUCAUGACACACCAGAUCUGUCACCUCCCAGGAGGCAGCGUCACGACACCCCGGAUCUGUCACCUCCCAGGAGACAGCGUCAUGACACACCAGAUCUGUCACCUCCCAGGAGGCAGUGUCAGGAUUUGUCACCUCGGAGAGGGAAGCCGGGGUCCCCGAGUGGCAAAAAGAGCCGAAGGAAAGGACAGACUUCACCUGCCCAGAAGGAGCAGCACAGAUCACGGAGUCCCCCGGGCUCUCCCAGGAAGGCUAACGUGAUGUCAUCCGGGGCCAAAGCUGGCCUGGUGUCGGCCGAUGUGCUGCAGAGGGAGAAGCAGGAGCUCCGGAAGCACGAGAGGAGCAUUAAGCACCUGGAAGAGGAAUCCCAGAACGCUCAGACCGUGUUCCGAGACAAGUCCGGCCGCAAGAGGAACCUGGCCCAGGAGCAGCUGGAGCAGAGGCAGAAGGCUGAGGCAGAGGCCAAGAGAGAAGAGCAAUAUGCCAAGUGGGGAAAAGGGCUGGCACAGGAGAGGCAGCAGCAGCAGAACGUGGAGGAUGCAUUCAAGGAGAUGCAGAAGCCCUUGGCCCGCUACAUCGAUGACCAGGACCUGGAUCGAAUGCUGAGGGAACAGGAGAGGGAAGGAGACCCCAUGGCUGCUCUCAUCAAGAAAAGGAAGGCCAAGGAGAACAAGGAGAAAGAAAAGCCCAGGUACAAGGGACCAGCACCUCCACUCAACAGGUUUAACAUCUGGCCCGGGCAUCGCUGGGAUGGUGUGGACAGGUCCAACGGGUUCGAGCAGCAGCGCUUCGCCCGCAUUGCCAACAAGAAGGCGGUGCAGGAGCUCGCCUACAAGUGGAGCGUGGAGGACAUGUAGGGGAGAGUCCUGCAGUGACCCACAGGCACCACCCACUGCCAGAGCCCUGAGGAAUGGCUGCUCUCCCUGGAACAAGCCCUGUCCCUCGCAUUCAGCAGCCCACUGGACCAUCUUCUGACAGGCAAGGCUGGAUUUCCCAGCCUCCAGCUCUCUGGGGAGGACACUGGCUUCUUGUUUGUUUUCUAACAAACUUCUGUUCCAUGCCAAAUGAUUUGACCUCUGAGGGCACUUCUCAAGUCUUCAGGUGUCCUAAAUCUCAGGUGAAAAUCCGCUGAACUCUUGGGCUUGGGAGAGUAACUCUGUAGCAGUGGGUCAGUCUGCUCCAGAACUCAGGUUAAAUUGAACUUAUGAGUUUUUUUUUAAGUUUAUGCAGUUAUUUUGCCGUGUAGAUCGCAGAGUCACCAACGGUGAGGAAAGUUCAAACUCAGCUUCUGACCCUGUCCAAACAGGAAACUGAGCAGGGAAUGCUCUGGCACUGGAAGAGUGACCUGCAGUGCUGCACUGGGCAGCAAGAUCUUCAGGAGCCUCAGGAAUUCUCCAGGGGUCCAUUUCUAGUGGAAGUAAAUGUGUGGAGAAUUAGGACUUGAGACCUGGAAUUGCUUCCCUCAUAGUUUGGAGCAGCUGGUCCCCCCAGACCCCUCUGGAUUUGGGGCUGAUCUCGGCACUUGCCCCACGCUGUUGCCUGGGGCUCACUCUGCUGGGGGGGUGUAACAACCCUUCCUUCUCCUGUGACCAGAUUUGUCAGUCUCAGAGCUGGAGGCUGGGCAGAGCUUCCCUUAAUCCUUGUGUGCCAGAAAGCACUUGUGGAAAUAAAUACAAUUGUUCUUGAGGUCCCAGGCAGCGGGGAUGAAAUGCAGCAGUUUCCAUGGAGAUGCCUUGGCUGCAGCAGUGGGCAGGGGCAGGGCAGGAUUGCUCUUUUCAGGGAUUCUCCAGCACGGGG